AUGAUCCUGGGUGACCACAUCCGCCCAGGACAGGUUUAUUCUUCGACACUUACGGAACAGGUUGACGACCGCAUCCUCAACAACAUCUGUAGUUCCAGGACUCCGAACAAUCUCGGACCAAACUUUCACGUCACCUGUGUCAGCCUCAACCGCUCCCACCGCACUCGAACACCCCACCCACGUGACGCGAGAGCAAGAGGAGAAGAGAGCGACUAUGACGAUAGUAGGGGUGGUGAUGAUGAAGACGACGAUGAGGAUGUGGAUGAGGACGACGGCGAUGGUAGUGGCGGCGAUGAUGAUGAUGAUAAGGAGCAGGAGGACGACGAUGAGGAUGUGGAUGAGGACGACGGCGAUGGUAGUGGCAGCGAUGAUGAUGAUGAUGAUGAUAAGGAGCAGGAGGACGACGAUGAGGAUGUGGAUGAGGACGACGGCGAUGGUAGUGGCAGCGAUGAUGAUGAUGAUGAUGAUGAUAAGGAGCAGGAGGACGACGACGAUGAGGAUGUGGAUGAGGACGACGGCGAUGGUAGUGGCGGCGAUGAUGAUGAUGAUGAUAAGGAGCAGGAGGACGACGAUGAGGAUGUGGAUGAGGACGACGGCGAUGGUAGUGGCAGCGAUGAGGAUGAUGAUGAUGAUGAUGAUGAUGAUAAGGAGGAGGACGACGACGAUGAGGAUGUGGAUGAGGACGACGGCGAUGGUAGUGGAUGA